GCACUUCCUUUUAUCGUCUACAGGAUGCCUCCACAAUCGAAUGUAUUUGUUACCUAUGAGGGGCCCAGAUUAAGCAGGGAGCAGAAAUUUGUUGUCCGGUCUCGGGCUAUGGUUUCAUUUCGGGCCAAGAAGCUGGCCGCGAAUCAGAGAAAGGCUACAGCGGCGGAAACAACUUCGGGCCGUACCGAAACUAAAGCGGCAGGCGCAGAAGAUGUCUUAGGGUCUCUAAACUCAGCUCCGAGACCAGCCCGAAAACUGGUGCCUAUCCUACCCCGUCCUCGCGAUGUUGGCCCGACAGGCUAUCAUCCGACUGGGAUUCAUGCGAGGGUAUUUCAGAACUACCUGUCUCUAUGUGGCGCUUAUUCUUCAUACCUUGAUGAGGCGUACGUCCUUGUGGGGUUCUACCAAUCCAACUUCUUCAGGCCUGACAUGAGCAAGCCUGCCUGUAUCUACAUCGGCUGGCUGCUGACAACCGGGAUCUUGGAUGCUGUCCGCGGCAUGAGUGAUAUCUCGUAUCCUUACUACGAGUGGAGCGCUGUCCGUGAGCUGCAAUGUUUUCUUGACACAGCCACCAAUGCCGAGUUGUACCAGGUUGUGUAUCCGGUAGCCAUCCUCGGCAUGUUUGAGAUGGUCCGCUUUAGUCCAUAUACUGUCACUCAUCUAGCCGCAGUAGAGCACUUCAUCAAAAGUCGCGGCGGCUUACAGAAGAUGCCUCCACCCAUGCAGGCCAUCGUGGUCAUGGCUGAUCUCCUGCAAUGCAUAUGCCUCGACACAAAGCUAGCCUUCAGCUCUGUCGGUCGGCCCCUCUUUCAUUGGCAAGCUGUCGACAAGCUCUGCGGCGACCACAUGGUCAGCUCGCCACUGCUGCGGUGUGAGGAUGAGGACUUCUCGCUCGUCGGCCGCUUCAUUGAUCCUGAAAUUUCCGAAAGGCUUGUGCGGAUUCUAGGCCGGACCUCUGACGACAUUGAAUCCUUCUGCGGCCAGGAGGCCGAAAAUGGAUCCUCCAACAUGGUUAUCGGGAUUUUGAGCCUGGAUGAUAUGGCUGACGGGGUUCUCCUAAUCCAUGACCUUCCAGGACUUGUCGCUCAGACAUGCGCCAUCGCGUCUCGUAUUGUCCAUCGUACCAUGCAAAGGAAGGCUGGUUUUCAUGACAGCUCCAACUGGGCAGACAUGCAUCGUCUAUAUGACAACCUUCGGUUCAUCAACCUCAGGCCCUGGGCGGGCCUUCCAUACCUUCACCUGUGGGCGAAUCUUAUUGGCCUUGCCAGCUCAACUAAGCUGGAAAGGUCCUAUUUCGUGGCAGAGCUAAUGCGUGCUACGUUUAGCUGGGGUUGCUACCAGAUGGAAGUAUAUAUCACAUUUCUAAAGAACUUUAUUUAUCUCCGCCGGAAAGCCUCAUCAGAGAAUAUCGCAAGCAAGGGGCUAAACGAGAAGGCGUAAAGGUGCAGUUAUUAGUUAGAUUCUAUAAGCACUGCUAGCACUAUUCUAUGA